GUGUUUUACUCAGUGGAGUUGUCUAGUGAUCCUGCUUUGUUUCUUGGGUCUGAAUCAGCAGGCUCAUCAGGAUUGAGGGCUUUUUGAGGGCCCUCCCCCCAUUCGGGCCCUGGGUAGUCAGUCCCACUUUUUCCCCCCACUACAACGCCCCUGAAGGUACGACCAGCACAAGCCACCAGACCCCGAUUCGAGCCUGAUCGGUUUCAUCGAUGAUUUUUGGAAACCCCAUUUCCCUCAAGGAGGUGAUGCUGAGCAAGGACAUUGGAUGGGACUCUAGUUCCCAGAAUCCAUUGCACUGACAAUAGUCACAGAUUGUGUAGACUCCUCAGAUAACUCCUGAUUCAGAGGUAGACUGCAUCUGUAAUCUACGCACUUUGGUGAUGAUGAUGAUGAGGAUUCCAAGGAAGAAGAAGCAGACCGCAGGAGGCAGAGGAGGUCUUGGUUUGACACAGCCCCGGCCAAUCACAGCCUGCGUUAGGGGCGGCGGCUAGCGAGAGCUGGGAUGGCGGCCAUGCCGUUCGUCAGCGAGGGGAAGUGUGUCAGCGUGGAGUGGGACUUCCUGCAGGGACUGCUGGCCAAACCGCCGACCCUGCCCUGCCUGCAGAACCUGAGGAAGGAGAAGUCUCGGAAUGCGGCUCGGUCGCGACGCGGGAAGGAGAACUUUGAGUUCUUUGAGCUGGCCAAGAUGCUGCCCCUGCCGGGCGCCAUCACCAGCCAGCUGGACAAGGCCUCCGUCAUCCGCCUCACCAUCAGCUACCUGCACAUGCGCCACUUCGCCAGCCAGGGAGACCCGCCAUGGGGACCCCUGCUGGAGGGAGGACCCAACUGCAACAAGGCGUUGCGGCGGACCUCCCAGUCUCUGGCCUCUGACAUGUUCGAGCAGCACCUGGGCGCACACCUGCUGCAGUCGCUGGAUGGGUUUGUGUUUGUGGUUAGUCACGAGGGACGUUUUCUCUACAUCUCUGAGACGGUCUCCAUCUACCUAGGCCUUUCACAGGUGGAGCUGACGGGCAGCAGCGUGUUUGACUACAUCCACCCAGCGGACCACGUGGAGAUGGCCGAGCGGCUCGGGAUCAGGCCACACCUCCGGGCCGAAGCCGGCUGCCAUCAGGCCAAUGAGAGCGCCUCCAGCUCCGCGUCUACCUCUUCAUUGGCUGAGACCCCAGAACCAGCCCCUUCCAGCCCUCUGUCCCCUGAGGAUGAGUCCCCUGACAGAGGAUUCUUCAUCCGCAUGAAGUCCACCCUGACCAAGCGAGGCCUGCACGUUAAGUCCUCUGGGUACAAGGUGAUCCAUGUGACUGGGAGGAUCCGCUGUAGACCAGCCCUCAUGCCUGGCCCCGCCCGCUCGCUCCAGCGGCCCCUGGGAUUGGUGGCUCUGGCGCACACGCUCCCGCCCUCCACCCUCAACGAGGUGCGGAUGGAGAGCCAAAUGUUUGUGUUUCGCGUGAACAUGGACCUGCAGGUCACCUACUGCGAGAACAGGAUCUCGGAGUACAUGGACCUGAGUCCUGCUGAGGUGGUGGGCCACACCUGUUACCACUUCAUCCACGUGGAGGAUGUGGAGAACGUCCGGCAGAGCCAUGAAGACCUUCUGCGGAAGGGUCAGGUGGUCACAGGGUACUACCGCUGGCUGCAGAGGCGUGGGGGCUUCCUGUGGGUGCAGUCCUGCGCCACCGUCUCCAUCAACCACAAGGCGCCCCACGAGCGCAACGUCAUCUGGGUCAACUACGUGCUCAGCCGCACGGAGUUGCCGGACACCCCCUUGGACCUGCUCCAGCUGCCAGAGAGCCUGCGGAACGAGCGGGUGCGAGCGACCCCGCCGCCACGGGACGUCCCGUCCCAGACCCAGGGGGCCUCUGUGUCACGGCCGCUAAAAUGCUUGAGCGGGAGGAGCGCGCCGGGGUCAAAGGUGAGGGAGCCCUUCCCCCACCCCUCAGACAGCCAAUCAGAGGAGAGCAGGAAGAGGAUGUGGCGGUCCCGCGCGGAAAACGGACCCCAGGAGGCGCGGAGGCUGAGGGAGGAGCUGCGGGAGGCGAGGGACGAGAGCCCGUCCGCCUCGUCUGACGCGGGGAGCGACAGCGAGGGGGAGAGGCGAGGGGGGAGGGGCGACGGGGAGCGCAGCGCCCGCAGAAAACGGGUGAAGUGCGAGGAGGGGCUGGGGAGCCGGGGGGGCGAGGCCGCACGGGGAGCGGGCGGAAGGAUCCAGAACGGCCGAGCCGUGAUCCAGCACCCGAAGGGCGCGGCCGUCCCACCACCCCCCAGCAUUAAGACUGAGCAGGACUUCAGCGCCUCUGCGUCAGCCAGCGGGGGGCCGCGGUGGGGGCACCCGCACCCCUCCCUGCGCGGCCCGCCCGGGACCCCGAACGGCGACAGCCCCCCCGACUCCACCCUCACCCCGCCGGGAAGCGAGGCCCCGCCCAAGGGCCUGUUUUCGCCCGCCUCCCCGGGCCUGUCCCCGCCCAUGUCGGCCUCCCCGCUGGGCCGGGAGGAGCGGUGCCUCCCCGGGGGGCGGGGCCCGGACUUUGAGCUGCUGCAGAGGCUGGCGGCCGGGGGCGCGGCCGGACGGGUGCUCUUCCACCCCCUGGCGCUCGGCCCCCAGGGGCCCCAGAGCCUGUACGCCCCCAGCACCAUCCGCUACGCCCCCGCCGAGCUGGCCCCCGCCCACGCCAUGUCCGAGGGACUCCCCCCAGAGCACCCCAAGCCGCCGCCCCCGCCCACCUUCUUCCCCCACCUGCAGAGGAUCGCCGCCCUGCCCCCCUUCAGCGGGUUCUCCGCCUCUGACCCCCCCUUCCCCCCCGGACUGCCUUUCUGUGUGAACGGCCUGAGAGGGGCUGCUGGGACAGAGGAGGACUGAGAGAGAGAGAGAGAGGGGGAGAGAGAGAAAGAGAGGGAUAUAGAGAGUGAGAUGAAGAGAGUGAGGUAGAAGUGGAAGAGGAGGUGGAUAGAUAGAGGGAAUGAAGAAACAGGGAAAGACAGAGAGAUGGAGAAAUAGAGGGAGAAUGAAAAGGGAAGGAGGGGUAAAAGGGAAGGGAUGAGAGAGAUGGAGAGAGGGAGUGUGGAGAGGAGCGGUGAGAAGCAGGAGCAGGCUCAACCCCACCAUGAUUCACACGGCCUGAGCGACAGUCCUCCGCCAUGCUAAGCAUUGUGGGAAGGGCCCCCAGCCCCCCUCCUCCAGGCUGAUCAUUCCACUGCCAUCCGGGACAGCGACCACGUUCACAUCCCCGUCACCCCUGACAUUUGCGAAAAGCCAUAAUGUACAUACUGUGAAUGUCAUGAACACGCACCCGUAACCAAAAGCGGCUCUGGGCGGGGCGAGGGGGGGGGUUGUCCCGGACUGAGAGUACGCCCACGUUUAGGGGCGGGGUCGAAGAGAAGUGUCCAGCGAAAGAAUCUGAGACUCUAACGCCAAUACAACAAAGACUGAGGGGAUGGAGAAACACUGGUCUCACCGCAGGGACCAGUGAUGAAACUCUUAAGCACACUGAUAUCACCUAUUUUCAGUUCUCCUCCUUCAAAGUGUUUCUAUUGGUUGUCGAGCAGGUCACACGUGGGUGGGGCCAGGGAACGGCGCGUUUGAGCUAAGAGGGAAUCCUUCCUUGUAAAGUCACACUUUGAGUUUUUAUAGCACCUGAAGCUUAUGGAGCACCUUCACGUGAGGGCCUCGUGUGGCUUCUGAUGGCGGGACCUCAUCCUGCCUAAAACAUGUCCGCCCCUUACUUCCUGUUAGCCGCUGAGGCUCUUCGAUUCCGGGGCGACAGGGCAUCGAUGGGGGCGGCAGUAUGGGCGGCCUGGUUCGGUGAAGCCAUCGGAGAGAAGAAAGAAAACUUCCUUUUUGUUUUGUAUUUGUACUUCUGAACUUACCUCCUGGACACUGAGCUUACGAAAGAAAUAUGGAUGAAGAUGCACAGGACAGGAUCAUGAUCAUGAAAGAUAUUUCAGCCAUAUUUCUCAAACUACCUUGCUGUCACCAGGUGGA